AUGCUAGCGAGGUCAAUUGUGUCGCGUCGCUCGAUCGCCACCUCGGCGCGGUUACUCAACGGUACGACUCAUUUUGGGUCCAAGACGGUCCCCACGGAGCAGAAGGAGAAACUAGUCGGCAAUGUCUUCUCCAGUGUAGCUUCCAAAUACGAUGUCAUGAACGACGUGAUGUCACUGGGGAUUCACAGGCUGUGGAAGGACCAUUUUAUCAACAAGUUGGACCCUGGGAAACGUGCCAACUCUCGCGACCCAAUGCAAUUCAUCGAUGUCGCUGGCGGAUCAGGGGAUAUCGCGUUUGGGAUCCUGGACUACGCUAAGGCGAAACACGGCGACACAGUCUCGACUAUGGAUGUCGUGGAUAUCAACGCUGAUAUGCUGAAGGAGGGCGAACGGAGAGCCCUUGAACAGGGGCGGUACCACAGGGACCCACGAGUCAGGUUUAUGGUUCAAAACGGGGAGACACUGGACGAGAUCGAGUCCAACUCGAAGGACGUAUACACCGUGUCCUUUGGUAUCAGGAAUUUCACCAAUAUCCAAGCUGGGCUCAACACAGCGUACAGGGUGCUUAAACCUGGCGGACUCUUCUACUGUCUUGAAUUUUCCAAGAUAGAGAACCCACUGCUAGACUGCGUGUACCAACAGUGGGCCAAAGUGUUGCCUGUCAUGGGAUCCAUUGUCGCUAACGACUACGAUUCGUACCAGUACCUCGUCGAGUCCAUCGAGCGGUUCCCAGACCAGGAGAGCUUCAAAUCGAUGAUCUCUAAGGCUGGGUUCCAAUCUGCCGGGUACGAGAGUUUGACGGGCGGUAUAUGUGCUAUCCACUGGGGGGUGAAAGUUUGA